CCCCUCCCCCCUCCUCCUCCUCCUCUUCCCAGCUCCUCCACCCCUCAUCCCCUCCAUCUCCCAUGGCCGGCACAAAACGCACCUGGGACGGUCAAUCACUCGACCCCGCAACCAUGACUUCUUCCACUUCCACCGCUUCUGCGCCCGUGUCAAUCCAAAGCAUGUUCGAAACCUUCCGGAAUGAACUAGACGAACACCACGACCGGCGCGAACGCCUAAUCAAAACCAGCCGCGAUAUCACAGCGCUCAGCAAGAAGAUAAUCUUCUCCCUCCAACGAAUCCGCACCCCGAACCACCCCCUCCCCUCCACCAUCGCAACCGAAACCACCGCCCGCUUCACGCAAGUCACCAAACUCUUCGAAUCGACCCUUCCCGACCUAGCAACGCUAAACCGCCACCGCUACCAGCGCCAACUCAGCGGCGCGAUCCAGGAGUUCAUCGAGGCGCUCUCCUUCCGCCACUACCUGACCACCCAAACCCUCAUCACCCUCCCAGAAGUGCGCCGCCACCUGCCGGAGGGCAUCCCGCUGACGGAGGAGGAUUACCUGAUGGGGGUGUUCGAUCUGACGGGCGAGGUGAUGCGGUUCGCGGUGACGGGGUUGUCGACUGCCACCAUCGAGGACCAUCAUCCAGAUCAUCCCGGGAAGCAGGAGGGGGAGGAGGCUUCGAUGGGCGACGGCGCCGACACUCCGGCAGGGAAGGAGGCACCGAAAACGAUCCACCUCCGGCCCGAGCAGAAUGCCAUCGUCGUGGAUCUCCGGGCGAUGCGCGCGGCCAUCGAGCUCCUGAGUAUCCCGCGCAGGCAUGCCGGGAGCAUGUUCCGGGAUAUCGGCCGGAAGACGGAGGUGAUGCAGGGGUCUGUGGAGAAGGUGGAGCGCGCGGCGUAUGGGAUCUUGGUGCGUGGGAGUGAGCGGCCGAAGGGGUGGAGGCCGGAUUUGGGGGGCGCGGCGGUUGAGGAAGCUUAUUGAUUACCUGCGGGGGGAGGACGAUUAUUGCAUUGUUGCAUGACGGGUGGUGGCGGUUCUUGUAGGAUUAGAACUAUGUGCGGAAUCACUCGAGUGCAUCGACAAAAGGUUAGGAUUGUGGACAGUGAGGAAU